CUCUCCAUGUCCUGAUUUUUUGGUGUCUCUUCGCAGCUGUGCCCGUCGGUGCCCGCCCCGGGAAGGAUGUCCUACUACGAGCAGUGCAAGCAGCCCUGCCUGCCCCCUCCCAUCUGCCUGCAGAAGGGGGUCAAGCGGGUGGUGGAGCCGUGCCAGGCCGUGUGCCCCGAGCCCUGCCCGGCGCAGUGCCUGGAGGUUUGCCAGGCCCCCUGUGCCAGCCAGUGCAGCUCCUCCUGCAGCACCCAGUGCGUGGAUGUCUGUGCCACCCAGUGCAGCUCCUCCUGCACCCCUCAGUGCGUGGAUGUCUGUGCCCAGUCCUGUGCCCCUCAGUGUGUGGACGUCUGUGCCCAGUCCUGUGCCCCUCAGUGCGUGGACGUCUGUGCCCCUCAGUGCGUGGACGUCUGUGCCCAGCCCUGUGCCCCUCAGUGCGUGGAUGUCUGUGCCCAGUGCCCGGCCCAGUGCCCCGAGCCCUGUGCCACCAAGUGCCCCGAGCCCUGCCAGGGCCCCUGCGUGGAGGUUUGCCCCACCAAGUGCGUGGAGCCCUGCGACACCGUGUGCCUGGAGCCCGUCUGCUCCCGGCCCUGCUGAGCCCCCAGCGCCCCCGGAACGGACCCCCCGGCUGCAGACCCCCCUGCCAGCCCCUGAGACCUCCCCUGCUCUGCCCACCCCGGGGCCUCUGCCCCGGGAAACGUCCUCUCUCAGUGGUUCUGCCCUUCCCCUCCUGUGACACUUCUGCUCCUGCUGCCUCAGCACCUCUGGUUUUGGUGGCUGCAGUUGGAUGAUAUCGGACUGUUGGGCACCUUGGGAAGGUGUCCAGCCAUGGCUGGGCUGCAAAAUCACUGAGCCAUGGCUGGGCUGCAAAAUUAUUGAGCCAUGGCUGGGCUGGAAAAUUAUUGAGCUGUGGUUGUGAUGGAAAAUUAUUGAGCCAUGAUUUUUCUGUCCAAGAUGUUCAGCUGUGGUUGUGCUGGAAAAUUAUUGAGCUGUGGUUGUGCUGUCCAAGAUGUCCAGCCAUGGUUUUUCUGUCCAAGAUGUUUAGCCAUGUUUGUGCUGGAAAAUUAUUGAGCUAUAGUUAUGCUGGAAAAGAUGUUGAGCCAUGGUUGUGCUGUCCAAGCUGUCCAGCCAUGGUUGUGCUGGAACAUUAUUGAGCUGUGGUUUUUCUGUCCAAGAUGUCCAGCCAUGGUUGUGCUGGAAAAGCUGUUGAGCCAUGGUUUUUCUGUCUAAGAUGUUCAGCUGUGGUUGUGCUGGAAAAGUUAUUGAGCUGUGGUUGUGCUGUCCAAGAUGUCCAGCCAUGGUUUUUCUGUCCCAGAUGUCCAGCUGUGGUUUUUCUGUCCCAGAUGUCCAGCUGUGGUUUUUCUGUCCAAGAUGUCCAGCCAUGGUUUUUCUGUCCCAGAUGUCCAGCUGUGGUUUGUGCUGUCAGCAGCUGCUGGUGGAAGAUGUCUCCU